GGCGGCGAGGGGAAAUUUCCUGCGUGGCUGCCGCCGCCUCUGCCCGCCGCUCGGGCCGGGGAGGGUCCCGCGGGCGGCGCCGAGGGGCCCGCGGAGCCGCCGGACCGGCGAGAUCCCUGAAGAAUGGCAUUUCUUUUAUUUAUGUUGUCCAGGCGCCAGCACAGCUCCUCGUGAAACACCGUUGUGAAAACCAGUCCAGGAUGGAACAUUCCUGCUCGCUCCUGCUGCUCUGUGUUAGUUUUCUAUUUGCACAAGCUUUACCACCCAAUGGAACUGAACUGCCAAAACCUACACCGACAACAAACUCUACAGAGGAGAACAAUUUGCACAAGGACCUGUUGACUUCGAUGCUCAUUCUGCUCCUGGUCUUCAUCAUUUUUGUCCUACUGGCCGGCUAUUUUUUCAGGUUCAGGAGACAUAAGAAAGCUGUUGUGAACUCUGGGGACAAAAAGAUGCCAAAUGGGAUCUUAGAGGAACAAGAACAGCAACGGGUGAUGCUGCUCAGCAGGUCUCCCUCAGGCCCAAAGAAGUAUUUCCCUAUUCCAGUAGAAAAUCUCGAAGAGGAAAUACGGAUGCGAUCAGCAGAUGAAGGAAAACUCUUCCGUGAGGAGUUUAAUUCAUUAACACCUGGAUAUGUGCAGGGAACAUUUGAAAUGGCAAAUAAGGAAGAAAACAGGGAGAAAAACAGAUACCCUAACAUCCUGCCAUAUGAUCAUUCCAGAGUGAUUUUGACCCAAAUCGAUGGAGUCCCACCUUCAGACUACAUUAAUGCAUCAUAUAUAGAUGGUUAUAAAGAAAAGAAUAAAUUUAUAGCAGCACAAGGACCAAAGCAAGAAACAGUUAAUGACUUCUGGAGGAUGGUAUGGGAGCAGAAGUCGGCCGUUAUCGUCAUGUUAACCAACCUGAAAGAAAGAAAAGAGGAAAAAUGUUAUCAGUAUUGGCCUGACCAGGGGUGCUGGACUUACGGAAACAUCCGCGUGUCGGUGGAAGAUUGCAUAGUUCUGGUGGACUACACCAUCCGCAAGUUCUGCGUUCAGUCGCUUCAUGAUGGUUGUAAAGCUCCGAGGCUCGUUACGCAGCUUCACUUUACCAGCUGGCCUGAUUUUGGGGUGCCUUUCACACCUAUUGGGAUGCUGAAAUUCCUGAAAAAAGUCAAAACGUUGAAUCCUGCCCAUGCCGGACCGAUUGUGGUUCACUGUAGCGCUGGUGUGGGUCGCACAGGCACGUUUAUCGUUAUAGAUGCCAUAAUAGACAUGAUGCACACGGAACAGAAAGUUGAUGUUUUUGAGUUUGUUUCAAGAAUCCGCAAUCAGCGUCCACAGAUGGUUCAGACUGACAUGCAAUACUCCUUCAUUUACCAAGCCUUACUUGAAUACUACCUCUACGGUGACACGGAGCUAGAUGUGUCAUCCUUGGAAAAACACCUGCAAACAUCACACAACGCCGCGCCCAACCUUGUCAAAAUAGGGCUAGAAGAAGAAUUUAAAAAGUUAACAAAUGUUCGAAUAAUGAAAGAAAACAUGAGAACUGGCAAUCUUCCAGCAAACAUGAAGAAAGCUAGAGUCAUCCAGAUUAUCCCAUAUGAUUUUAAUAGAGUGAUUCUGUCAAUGAAGAGAGGGCAGGAGUACACAGACUACAUCAACGCUUCCUUCAUAGACGGCUAUCGCCAGAAGGAUUACUUCAUUGCCACCCAGGGACCGCUUCCGCACACGGUGGAGGAUUUCUGGCGGAUGGUGUGGGAGUGGAAGUGCCACACCAUCGUCAUGCUCACAGAAGUUCAAGAGAGGGAGCAGGAAAAAUGCUGCCAGUACUGGCCAUCAGAGGGCUCUGUAACUCACGGAGAGAUAACCGUAGAAAUAAAGAAUGACAGUCUGUUAGAUGCCAUAAGUGUAAGGGACUUCCUAGUUACCUACAAUCAGGGUAACCAAGAGAAGCAAAGCAGGCUCGUCCGGCAGUUCCAUUUCCAUGGGUGGCCAGAGAUUGGGAUUCCUGCAGAAGGAAAAGGGAUGAUCGACCUGAUUGCAGCUGUCCAAAAGCAGCAGCAGCAAACAGGCAAUCACCCGAUUACGGUGCACUGCAGUGCUGGCGCUGGAAGAACAGGUACCUUCAUAGCACUCAGCAAUAUUCUGGAACGAGUCAAGGCUGAAGGGCUCUUAGAUGUAUUUCAAGCUGUGAAGAGCUUAAGACUGCAAAGGCCACAUAUGGUGCAAACACUGGAACAGUAUGAAUUCUGCUACAGAGUGGUACAAGAUUUCAUCGACAUAUUUUCCGAUUAUGCUAAUUUCAAAUGAAAAUUCCUGCCUUAUUUUUUAAUGUGUCUGUAUAAAUAGUUGUAUAUUCUGUUAAUUUAUUCCGUGUCGUUUUAAUUGUUGACUUUACUGUAAAUAUGACCUUGCGCUUGCUCUAAAAAUUGCAAUUGCUGUAUAAAGUUACUUCUUAAAUAUAAAUAUCUUCUAAAGCGAAGUAUAAUGUUCAUAUACAGUAUAUCACUAUAAGAUGGUAUAGAAAUCUUUAUUCUAAACAACAGUAAAUUAAUUCUUGAGGGUCUAUUUCUUUGACUUUUUCCACUUAUAAGUACUUAUCGAUAACGUUAUAUCCCAGUUCUUGAAACUUUACACAGGUGAUUUACAUUUCAUAUUAAAAAAAAAAAAGGGGGUUGUGGUACAUAUGUUUAAACUAAACAUGGUUUGGCCAUAAACCUUUCUUCGCUAUGAAAAUAGAUGUUUAUUUGGGGACACGUUCUGAUCACCUGCUCGGGCUUACUUGGAAUUUAUUUCACAAAGAAGGCAAAGAAGUGCUAUUAGUGAUAAAGUGAUAAAGGUAUCAGGAUAUGGCCCUUCAUGUGUAAUGAUGUACAGUCCAGCUGCGAAAUAGAACUGCUUUUAAAGUCUGCUUUUAAGAACCUCCAGGUUGAUGGCAGUUCUACUUUGAGCCUGGCUGUCAAUAAGAUAUAAUCAGUAUAAAUACAGACGUGAAUGUUUGAUUUAAUAUAGCUUUCAAAGUCCAUUUAUUUUGUUCUUUCCUAAAUAUUACACCAGCUUAAAUCAAUUUAGAAAGACAAUAAUGUGAGUUUGCCACUAUUUUGAGAAUAUUUUGCAUAUCAGAAGAGUAUAUUUUGCAGCACCUGAACUUGUCUACUUGAGGUGGCUUUAUAGCCCGUGUCCGAAAUGGAUGUAAAGCUUCUCUAUAUACACGUGCAUAAUUUCCCACUUCUUUGAGAAAAGGCGAGAGAGAUGAACUCUUAUUCUUUGAUUAGACCCAACAGAACAGGUAACAGUAUUUGCUAAAACUCUGAAGAAACAUUUUGCUAACAGUGCAAUGCUAGCCACAUUAAGCACUGGAGCAAAAAGCUCCUCUAUGUUCUUACCCUCCCAUAUAUAUUAUCAAAAAAGGAAAUAUUCCUUUAUCUAAAAGGGGUAUAUGAUUGUGUAUAUAGAUAUAUUUUUAAUGAAAAUACUACUGAUAAUAUAAUUGGUGAAAUAAAGUUUAAAAGUCUUUAUUGUAGCCCUGAAGAGGAUACGCUUGGGGGUUAGAGAAUCCAGAAAGUCACAGGGCAUCCGAAUGUUGAAUAAUUAAGAAGUAUAUCUUUUUCCACUCCUUAAAAUGCAUAUAUGCAUUAAUGAGCACAAAGUAUGCGAAUAUGUACUUUAAUUACAUAACUAAUAUGCAAUAGUUCUGUCUUGUCCAGUUGGUUGGGGUUUUUUUCAAUGCAAACAUAAAAGCCUUAUUUAAAAUAAGCAACUUACACUGAUCGUUUCUCUAUUGUUCUUGCACUAUUUUAUCCCAUGAGCAUUUUUCUUUUCCGACAGCAAAUAGCGUUACUCUUGGUAAUGAUGCAAGGAAACGGGAAGGUGUUCUUACUUCUCGUUUCAUUUCAUGCUGAACGGAAAAGGCGCAGUUUAGAGAUCUCUAAGCACACUGUUCUGAACACUGCCGUUUACUGCUUCUUGUCGUCCCAUCGAUGCACUUCUGUAUUUAUUUGUACAGUAAAUUAUGCACUUAAAAAAAGAUUGUUUAAAGACUAAACCUUUGAUGCGAGUUGCUAUGAGAAGAUACGCUCAAGACGUAGAAAGUGUUGAGUAUCGCAAACGAAUGCCAAGUAAGUUUACAGUACCGCUGCAUGCUGAAAAUUUAUCAAAUUUUAAAAAGCCAUCAAAUAAAUUCAGUGUGGAAACCAAUACAGUGGGGCUUUCAGUAUGAUCAUUUGGAGCGCAGGGAGACUCGGAGAGGUUGAAUGAUGAUAGAAAAUAAUGCAAAGAAAUUUCCACUGUUUUCCAAAGAAGCCUGUUUUAUGGUCCCAUUAAAUCCCAGCAUCAGGAUCUUUCCAAACAUUUAGCCUAUGUUUGAAAAAUAAUUUCUCUGUUGGACAGCCUUUUGGGUCCCUUAAAUAAAAGCCUGGACUAAGAGCUGCCUCGUGACGCAAACCUCCUCAGCGCAGUGGCAGUGCGGGGUGGUGUCCGCCGGGACCCACGGCCCCCUGACAGCGGCAGGACAGACAGCCGAGCUCCACCCGCCCUCCGGGUUUCCUGCAAGGGGGUGUCCUGCAGGGCGAGGCAGCUCUCCGUAGUUAGAGCACGGAGUAGCAUGGAGUUAAGCUGGAAUAGCAGAUACAAAGUGGGUACUCAGAUUUUAGUUGCCCAACCGUAUGAAGGUAUCUAGGAGGAGGAGGAAACAGAAAUACCUGUAUCGUAUUGCAGAAGUCACACAGAUUGCUACAUAAUGACUUUUUUAAUAUAAUAUGAAAAGCUUGCUUUCCAGUUCUUGUGUCAGUCAAUAGACUGCUCACUGCAGCAGCCCAAUAACUGGGGAGCUCUGUCUCGAUAUAGAUAUAUAUGAACUUUCCUUUAACUUUUCCUAUGUUGCAUGGAAUUACUUUAAAAUGCCAAAUAGUUGAUUAGAAGUCGUACAUUCUGAUCUGUACAUGGUUUUGGUCACUAUGUGACUUGACUGUUUUCAUGUGUUAAGCUAGGUUCCAGCUCACCUAAGCAUUUAAGCAUUCGCUUCAUGACAUCUCUAUUCCACGAAACGUUUAAGUACCGUAGGUUCUUUGUUCUUGAAGCAAUCCCUUAAGUGCUUUGCUGAAUUGGGCCUUAACGAAGAAUGCAUACUGUAAUUACCAGUGUUUUUUAGGGUAUUUUUACGUAUCAGUUUUUUAAACUUUUAAAAUGAGCCUGACCACCUGUGUUCAGUAUUUCGAAAUGUUUUCAUUUCCCCUAGUACCAUUUUUAAUGUAAAGUUGUUGAAACUUUUCUGUAUAACCAAAUUGUAUUUAAUUUGUCAAAUCUUUAUAAUAUAUGUAUGUAUUAUACAGUUUCGGCUAUUAUUAUUUUCUUUUAUUACAUUUAUAAUUUGAUAUAGCUGUGUUUUUAAUGCUGGUGAAUGUUGCUGAAUUAUUUGUAUAUGCAAAUUGCAAGAUCUAAUACAUUCUGAUGCAAGAACAAAGCUUCGUUUUUAUUCUCAAACUGUAUUA